AACGAAAUUUCGUUUCAUGAUAAAGACAAUGCUACUGCAGCAGUCUAUGAAAUAAUGAUAGAUCUAGCUUUGAAGUUACAGAUUCAAUUAUAAAGUGAUCGCAAUAUUAUAACUCUUGUGAUCAUGGAAACUACCUCCCUUGCACCGUCUUUGAAAAAUAUAGCUCCGCAACAGGAAUAUUUACUACAGGCUAGUAUUCUUGAUGCCAACAGAGAUGUUUUGCUGCACCGGUUAAGGGGACUUUGUGACAAUGCUGAAAGUAACUUUGAAACUUUUGCUGAUUAUGAAGCAGUUUAUGUGUUAAGUUUUCUAGAAAGUUCUGCUGUCCAACAGAGUCAGGCUGUAUCAUUUCGUGUCAGACAUGCACUUGAUGACCCAGAAGCUCCUGAUCAUAUUCGUUACAUAGGUCAGGCUGAACUUGGUGAUAGAGCCAGACCAACAUUAGUAAGAGCAUGUCUUGAUGUGGCCUGUUCCAGUAAUGUUAGAGAGUUCUUGCAAGAAAUGGGCUUCAAAUUGGAUUACGACUGUGUUAUGAAAGGCUACUUUUUUCAUAAAGGUCGAAUGAAGGUUACUGUUUAUAAAAUAUUCAGGCUUCUUCAGCCUGGUAAAACUGAUAGCAGCAACUGGGAACCACUCAGCAUGUCUCACCUUGUUGAACUGAGUGUUGUGGCUCCUUUGGGACAGGAACAGAUUGGAGAAGAUAUGAAAAAUUUUGCUGAGCAGCUGAAACCUCUUGUUGUGCUUGAAAAGUUUGACCACCGGAGACUUCACAACUGACCUGCAAACUUUGAUAUACAUUAUUUUAUCAUAAAUCACUGUAAAAAUUCAUUUUUUGUACAUAUGUCAUGUGUAAUGAUCUUUUUCUGGUUAAUAAAUGUUUGCAAUAUUUAA